CGCUCUCUCUGUAGUAAGCGUUUGCGGAGCCUCGCCACCUCCGCCACCACCGCCCCGGCGGCCACCUCGGCCGCGCUGCUUCUUUCUACCUCUCCCUUGGCUACAAUGGCGUUCCUCAUCUUCCUCGCGCUCUCGUUCUCUCUCCUUGCCCCCUCGUCCCCCUCGCCCGGCCCCGCCUCGACCGACCAGGCCGCCCUUCUGGCUUUUAAAAGCUCCGUCGCCCUCGACCCCGCCUCUCUCCUCUCCGGCUGGAGCCCCGUCGCCCGCCGCCACUGCACCUGGCGCGGCGUCACCUGUGACGCCGUCUCCGGCCGCGUUACCGCCCUCAACCUCACCGGCACCCCGUCGUCGCCGCUCUCCGGGAGGCUGGCGGCCGCCCUCGGGAAUCUAACCGAGCUCCGCGUUCUCUCCCUCCCCCAUAACGCCUUUUCCGGCGACAUUCCGGCCGCGGCGAUCGGGAGCCUCUGCCGCCUCGAGGUGCUCGACCUCCGUCGCAACAACUUUUCCGGCAAGAUUCCUGAUGAGAUAAGCCGUCUUCCGUCCCUCAGUGUCCUUGAUCUUAGUCAUAACUCGCUCUCCGGCGCGAUCCCGGAGAGCCUCAUUGGAUCCUCCAACCUUCAAUCCGUAGACUUGUCGUUCAAUCAGCUCUCCGGGAAGAUUACUGUUGACCCCCUCGGUUCUUGCUCGUGUCUAACGCAUCUUAGGCUCUCUAGUAAUCUCUUGGUGGGCAGAAUCCCCUCGGCGAUCGGAAGAUGUACCAAAAUCCAAACUUUGUUGCUGGAUCGGAACAUAUUAGAAGGUCGGAUUCCGGCUGCAAUUGGUCAGUUAUUGGAUCUUCGGGUUCUUGAUGUUUCAAGGAACAGUCUCACUGACAGAAUACCAAGGGAGCUCGCCCUUUGCCAGAAGCUCUCUGUUCUUAGGCUCACCAACUUGAUGGACUUCGAUUCCACUGGUGGUUCAAGCAAUGUCGAGGAGUUUAAUGCAUUCAUUGGAUCAAUGCCAGCAGAGAUAUUCUCGAUUCCAAGUCUUGAGAUUCUUUGGGCUCCAAGAGCUAAUCUUGAUGGGAGUUUGCCAGAUAGCCGGAACGGUUCGUGUAGUCUAGGGAUUCUUAAUCUUGGACAGAAUUACAUUGCUGGUGUGAUACCAGAAUGGCUUGAAACGUGUAGAAACCUGUCAUUCUUAGAUUUGAGCUCAAACUAUUUGCAGGGUUUGCUUCCUGCUUCAUUAGGAAUUCCCUGCAUGGCUUACUUCAACAUCAGCCAGAACUCUGUGACUGGUUCUCUGCCAGGAUUCUUGGACUUGGAUUGUUCAUAUAAUUUGGCAUCAUUGAGUAAGAGCGGCGACCUGCUGGUUGAGGACAAUCUUCUGAUUGCAUACUCUGCUGAUCUUCUUCAGAGUACUCAAAGAGACAACCCCUUUGCGUUAGUUCUUGACAAUAGUUUUGUUGUCCUUCAUGACUUUAGCCAGAACCGCUUUAUUGGGCCAUUGCCAUCUUUUGUUAUGCCGCUUGAUGAUAGCUUUCCCUAUGGGUUGUCUUUGAACAACAAUGGGUUCAAUGGAUCAAUUUCUGGUAAGCUCUUUGGAUCAUGUCAAGUAGGCAGCGGCUUUGCAGUUAAUCUCACUGUUAAUAAGAUGUCUGGUGGUGUCAAUGAUAUUCUUACAGAUUGUUGGCUGCUGAAGAGCUUUGAGGCAGCCAACAACCGGCUUCAUGGUUCCAUACCUUCUGAAAUCAGAAACUUAAAUUUACUCAGACAUCUUGAUUUGAGAAAUAACUACUUUAAUGGCUCUACUCCAGAUAAACUGAGGGCACUGAAGGCUCUGGAACAAGUUCUGCUUGGUGGGAACAACUUUUCUGGGGGAAUUCCAACUCAGUUUGAUGGACUGUCUUCUCUAACUGUGCUGGACUUGUCAAGAAAUUCUUUUACAGGCAGUAUCCCUCCAAGUUUGGCAAAUGCUACUAACCUUGAAGUGCUGUUGCUCAAUAAUAAUCAACUCUCUGGCACUAUUCCUCCAUCUUUCUCGGCACUUCACCGACUUAUUGAGCUUGAUGUCUCUUUCAACAACCUCUCGGGAGAUAUUCCACAUCUAGAACAUUCUACUGACUGUAAGUUCUUCUUAGGCAAUUCAUUUCUUAAACCAUGUCAAGAUCCAAGUAUGAGCGCACCAUCCGGAAUUCCUUUUAAGACUGAAAUACCUGAUCAGGGUCGUCGAAAGAGUAGGUUAAAGUACUUCACAAUAGCAGCAGUAGCUUCAGCCUCUGUCUUAGUCUCUGUUCUUUUGGUGCUAACUUUUGUAUUGGUUUCUGGAAGAAGGAAAUUUGUCAGAAUCACCAGUUUAAGAAAGAAGUUGGUCGUGACCUUUACAGAUGUUCCAGCUGAGCUGACUUAUGAGAAUGUUGUCCGAGCUACUGGUAAUUUCAGCAUCCAGAACUUGAUUGGUACCGGUGGAUUUGGGGCCACUUAUAAGGGAGAACUGGUUCCAGGUUUUUUAGUAGCCGUAAAGAGGCUUUCCAUUGGCAGGUUCCAAGGUCUCCAACAGUUUGAUGCUGAGAUCAGAACACUUGGUCGGGUUCGACAUAAGAACCUCGUAACUCUCAUUGGGUAUCAUAUGGGAGAAAUCGACACAUUUCUAAUUUAUAACUACCUCUCUGGUGGGAACCUCGAGACAUUCAUCCGCCAUAUGUCCAACAGAAAUGUAACUUGGUAUGAGGUUCAUAAGAUAGCUUUAGAUGUCGCACAGGCCCUGUCUUACCUCCACUACUCCUGUGUCCCCAGGAUAGUUCACAGGGACAUCAAACCAAGUAACAUCCUACUUGAUGAGAAGCUAAAUGCUUAUCUAUCUGAUUUUGGUUUAGCAAGGCUUCUAGAAGUUUCACAGACACAUGCAACGACUGAUGUUGCAGGUACCUUUGGUUAUGUUGCACCUGAAUAUGCAACUACUUGUAGGGUUUCAGAUAAGGCUGAUGUUUACAGCUUUGGUGUUGUGCUUCUUGAGUUGAUGUCUGGAAAGAGAUCUUUGGAUCCAUCAUUCUCAGAAUAUGGGAAUGGCUUUACCAUCGUUGCUUGGGGAAGAUUAUUGAUUCAGGAGGACCGUGCUGGUGAGCUGUUCUCUCAAUUACUUUGGGAGAAUGGACCAAAAGAUAAGUUGGUAUCGAUGUUGAAGCUUGCGUUGUCCUGUACAGUGGAGUCUCUUUCUGUUCGACCAUCAAUGAAGCAGGUGGUUUUGACACUAAAACAACUGAAGAGCUAGUUGCUAUUAUUACAAGUUACAACAACUAGAAAACAAAAAUCAUAAUGGCUCAACCAUUCAGAGUCAGCCAAUUAAGGUGCCUCGUGUUAUUUCUGAGUGAUGACCCAGUCCUAUACUGAAAAUGGUUGGCAUGGUCUUAUGCUUGCUGGCUGUCAGUGAGCUAAUGCAAUCAUCCAUCUUUCUCAUCAGGGCUUGGGACCAGCAUUAGCGCCGUUUGCUAGUUGCUAUUUCAAAUGCAUUGAUUUGCAGCAUGAUAAUUAGAUGGAUUCCAAGUUAUUUAACCGUUGUCCUUGCUGAUCUUCCAUCUUCAAUGAAAAUGCUCAGUAGGCAGUGAGGUUGUGAACUGCUGGGGCCAUCAAAGGCACAAGCCUCAAGAGAAAACGUUGAGGAUCCAAUGCACAUCUUUCGAGAUUUCCCUAUACCUUAGGAGGAAUGAACUGAUUUGACAACAAGUUCUUGUUGGCAAUUACAAAUCACAGACAUGAGCAGAGACAUAUUGCAGUGUGUAUAAAAUAACAAAUAAUGCACAACAGCUGAGAUGCACAAUGCGGUGUGUAUAACUGGAGGGCUAGCUGAUUAUCAGAAGUUCCCAAGUCUGCCGAUUAUUCAUGAUAGAUAGUUUCUCCAUCUUUCCCUAUAUGAUAUCAAAAUUUUGUUCUCUUAUAUGGGAUCCUAUGAGUUGGUCAAAAAAUGUCUAAAUCGAAAUCUUAGCUCUUUGCUUGAGUUGCAACGGUUAACCCAAACAAUACUAGAGUCAGGCAAUUUAUUUGCCUUCUGGUUAAGUAUUUUUCUGAAACAGUAUAUUUUAAUCACAAUUGAAAGGAAGGAUUAUGUUUUGUAAA